AUGGCGGAGUUCGAGUGGCCGUGGCAGUAUAAUUUUCCUCCUUUUUUCACCAUCCAACCCAACAUUGACACUCGCAAGAAACAGUUAGAAGCCUGGUGUUUUCUAAUCCAUGAUUAUUGCAAGCAUCACAAACUCUACAGUCUUGAUGUUACUGAGAUCCAAAGCUCAGACCUUUUUUACAACAAAAAGAUUAACAGAAAAUUAUCAUCAGACAGUCUGCUCACAGUCCUGGAUGAACUCAAGAAGAAAGGUCAUUUAGAAUGGGCCGAUAAGUCCAAGCGGCAAUUUACAAUUGUAUGGAGAACCCAAGAGGAAUGGGGGAAACUUAUUUACAAAUAUGUUGUGUAUAAUGGUUUAACAGACACAGUGUGUACACUUUAUGAAUUGACUGAAGGGGAAGACACUGUUGAUAGAGAAUUUCAUGGUCUUGAACGACCUUUAUUGGUGAAGGCCUUAAAAACUCUGGAAAAUGAAGGCAAGGCUGAACUGAUCAACAUUGAUGGGAAUGAAGGAGUCAAAUUUUUCUAG